AUGCAUUCCUUUCGAACCAGACAUAUCUCACCUCCUGUGUUCAGGAUCUGCAUGCCUCUGAGCAGCGACAUGGAAGCAGAGCGAUACGUCUGCCACCUCAACAUCAGGGACCUUGAAAGAUGGAAGUAUGAGCUUAUUCCAAAGAAACGUGCUAACCAGUUAAACAGGAUCUCCCUAUGUACCGGCGCAAGUGAUGAUGAGGCUAUGGAUCCGGCCGAGUACUCGCCCGUUCCCAUCCCAGACUCGCCUGCCAGUGUAUCUUCGUACGACUCGCCAAUGUAUACACUUGAAGAGAUGCGUCUUUUCAUGCCCGGAGAUGAGGAUCCUGUCGACGCCGAGACCAUCCAGGAGCGGAUGAAAACGAGUCGGAUUCUUGAAGGUACUUGGACUCCUCCCCCUUGCCGCGACUACGAAGGUCCUCUUGCUGCUUGCUUUCGUAUCAUAGACAUUGAAGAAGAACGUGAUGAAGCUCGGCGUACUGUAUUCGGAUGGUUCAAGGAGACUUUGCAGUCUCGUUUUGCUAGAGAUGCUCUCAAGGGAUGGGAGCAUCUCUAUCCCAUCAUCUACGAUGGACUGAGAGGGUAUGGCGCAUUCAGAUUCCCUCAGUACCAUCUCAAACAGCCAGCUUAUCUCCUCAAUCGAGAGUUCAGGGACGGUAUGUAUCUAGUGUCUGGGAUUCGAAACCUCAGCGCUUGCUCACAGAGGGAGAUCAUGAAGCUGCUUGAUGGUAUUGGAGACACUGGACGGGAUGACAUGAUCUAUGUUGCUAACCAAGAUGAUGAAAUCCCCUAA